AACCAGACCUGAGGCUGAUGCGCCACAGUAAUGUUUUUGUGGAAACGGAAGUCGGUGUUGUUGGAGCCUCUGAACGUAUGACAGUGUUUGGAAGUUUGUCGACGUGUUUUAUACACAUUUAUGAUUUCCUCCCGAAGAUAGCCAAGAGGUUUCAUUUACCUUUGAGUUUCUCUUUUUGCGUCGGAAUGGCGGCGGCAGAAGCGCAGGACGAGAGCGGCGGCGGCGGAGCGCUGGAAGCAGGUGACGGUGAGCCGGAGGAGCCCGAGGUGUUCACCUGGCCGGCCCACUGCCCGGAGCUGUCCCGGCGGCAGAACGAGCAAAGGAAGGCGGGGCUGUUCUGCGACCUGACCCUGCUCUUCAGCUUCCGAGGGGAGUCCGGGGAGCGGGUCCAGACCGUGCCCGCCCAUCGCUCGGUUCUGUCCGCGGCCUCGCAGUAUUUCGAGCUGUUGCUGGGCGGACAGUUCUCGGAGUCUCGGACCGGGCGGGUGGAGCUGAAGGAGUGGAGCUCUGCGGCAGGGCCCGACCCGGAGAGCGUGGAGGCCGUCAUCCAGUUCAUGUACACCGGGGAGGUCCGGAUAUCCACCGCUAACGUCAACGAGGUGCUGGAACUUGCAGACAGGUUCUUGCUGGGGCAGCUGAAGAUCUUCUGUGGUGAGUUUCUGCUGAAGAACUUGAGUCUUUCCAACUGUGUCGCCGUGCACAGCCUGGCACACAUGUACUCUCUGGAUCAGCUCGCCCUGCAAGCCGCCCAGACAGUCAGAAGGAACUUCAACAAAAGCGCCUGCAACGAGGCGUUCAACACGCUGCCGUUCCAUCUGAUCCGAGACUGGCUGUCGGACACGGAGAUCACAGUAGACUCUGAACACGAGCUGUUUGAGGUUAUGGUGAAAUGGGUCCGCCAGAACUCAGAGGAGCGGGAGAAGUAUUUUGAAGAGCUGUUUAAGCUCUUAAGGCUGCCGCAGGUCGCGCCGUCCUACCUGACUCGCGUGGUGAAAAAGGAACCCUUAGUGGCGAACAGUGCGGCGUGYCAGCAGCUGGUGCUCGAUGCUCUUGAGUUCCACGCCGUUCGCUCUGAGAACCUCAAGUCAGCCACUCCAGAGCUCUGYCCGUCCUACGCCGGAGAGGUCCAGCCACGCCUCGGCCAGAACAUGGACGUGAUCAUGGUGAUAGGUGGCGUUUCGGAAGGUGGRGAGUAUCUCAGUGAGUGUGUGGGCUACUUUGUUGCCGAGGAUCGUUGGRUCAACCUGCCCCACAUUCACAACUACCUUGACGGACAUGCCGUCUCAGUCGCUGAGGGCCACGUUUAUGUGGCGGGCUCCAUGGAGCCUGGCUUUGCGAGGAUGGUCGAACGCUACGACACGAGCCUCAACUGUUGGGAGCAGGUGAGCAGCCUGCCCAUUCGCAAGCACUCCUUCGGCCUCGCGUGUGUCCGAGAUGUCCUCUAUGGCAUUGGCGGUCACGGAAACUUCAGUCCGGGCUUUAAGGACGUCACGGUCUACAAACCUGAGCUGGAUCAGUGGAUCAAUCUUGAGCCUGCGCCAAUGAUCUUACGAGAUGUGAAAACGGUGAGUGUGGAGGAUCGAUAUGUGUACACGAUGGCUAGGACGCCAGUAGACAUAGACCAGGGUGAUGGACUGAACACUGUGACUGCGUGCUACGACACAGAGAGUCRCAAGUGGCAGGAAGUGCAGUCGUUGCCUCUAAUCGACAAUUAUUGCAGUUUCCAAAUGGCUGUCGCAAACACAACUUUCUACCACACGGCUACCUGUUGUCCGAAGAGCUACAAAGUGUCGCACGAGGACGCUCAGCAGACGAUAAGCAGCAACGUCUCAGACGACAUCCUCAACAGUCUCCCGUCAGAGGUUCUCUGCAUGGAAGGCACCGCCAUCUGCUACCUCGGCGACGACAUCUUCAUCAUUGGCGGAUGGAGGAACGGCAACAACUUGGAGAAGCAGUACCGCAAGGAGGCGUACCGUUACCGCGCCGAGAGGAAGUGCUGGACGCUGCUGCCCCCUCUGCCUGAGCCGCGCUGCCGAGCGGCGGCCUGUCACGUCCGCAUCCCGUACAGGUACCUCCAUGGCUACCAGCGCUACCCCGUCCCACAGAACCUGGCUCGCCAACAGGGCCAGAUGCAGCUCGUGCAGCAACUGCGCCGACRUUCCCUCACCGUGAGGAGGCAGCUGCAAGCCCAGAUCGAGUGCUGAAGUCAGGACCAGAGACUCUGCUGUGCACAAGAAGCACUUUGCUAAUUAACGGCUUGCUGACUAAAAUACUUUUGUUUUCAUUGAAGUGUUUUUAUUAGUUUACCUGAAGUGGGGUUUAAGUGCUACCUUACAGCUAGAAGGUUGYAGGUUCAAAACUCRGCUGCARCCUUUCUGUGUCUUUUGUUAUUGUAUGUUUCCUCAGGCUUAUUUGUUUGUUGGGUACUCCAGUUUCCUCUCACAGACCAAAAACUUCGUGUAAUUUGUAACUAAAUUGUCAAUAGGUGUGCGUGAGCGCAUGGAUGKUUGUUUGUCUCAUUUGUUUCUGUGUCCCUGUGAUGGACUGAAGACCUGUCYAGGGAGUACUCUGCAUUUCGCACAACCCCARGAGAUGAGCACCAGCUCCCCAUGACCCUGCGUGGAAAAGCAGGUGAAGAAAAUGGAGACACAGUUGGCCAUUAGGGGCUACUAAAUGAUCCAGAGUUAUUCUGGAGUUUUACCAUUAUYCUCUGCCUUACUUUCAAUCUACCACUAAAUGUACCUUUUGAUUUCUGAAACAAAAGAAAAAUCUAAUUUCCUUGAAAAUUUGAAGUCGUGGAAAAAUAAUACAAGAUAUUACUGUUCAAUGUUGRUCAGAAUUUAUUCAUAAUGAAAUUCUGUUUUUACUUUGUUGGAAUAUCUGAAUAUUGUUUGUUGAUGUCAGGUCUUUGUUGGGAUUCUCUGCUUUAAGUGUUUCAUUUUUGCAGACUGUAUCAGACAUUUUACAUUUUUACUCGUAGUUUACCUAGUUGUAAAGAUUUAAAAUAAGCCAAAUAUCUCCAUGAUCUGUAUAAGAAUAAUAAUUUAAAAAUAAGUUCUACAUUCAGAUUUGAUGCCUUAAGAUUGUCUAAGAAAUCUAGUAGGUUUGRGAUUUGUUUUUGCACAUUUAACACACAUUUUAAGUUUUUUUUUUUCCAGUUUUGUUUUUUGGUUUUCGAAAUUAAUUAAUAAAUCAGCAGUACCACAAAUUUUGGUUUUUAAUGAGCUAUGUUGUGUGAUUAGACAAGGCACCAAGCAAUUUAUUUAUCUUUUAGAUGAAAAUUUGGUGACAUUUUGGGAUAUUUUUUAUUUUCUUAGAAUUUUUUUCUUUUCUGGAGAAUUGUGCACUUUAAUCUAUUUGUCUUAACGAACUCUUUGCUUCUGUUUUUACAUGAAGAUGCCUCUUGUUGAAGCCACGCAGUGGUUAAGAUGAUUUUUUUAACAACUUUAUUGUGGUGUGACAUUACAUAUGAGGUAUUUAUUUUUUUAAUGUUUUUGUCUUUAUUAUUUGUUAAAUUAUUUCAUCUGCAUUUUGUUGUUUUAUURUAGCAAUCAUUUAAAAAGUACAAAUGUAAUAGACUGAAAUGUGCUUAGAUUUAUUAAUUUGUUAGUUUUUUUUUUUCGUUUUUUUUUUUUAGCUGCUMACUUGCAGCAAACUCACAUGAAAUAUUUGACAUUAUUUUUUACAAGACAGAUUGGUACAGCUUUGACCGAAGAGAUGGGAACAAAUGUGCUGCGGAACCAUGUUCAGGGCUUCAGAGGAGGGGCACGUUUGCUGGUGCUGCACAAGGUGUAAACAAAGUGAUUACUCGGAGGUUUUAUUCAAUAUUUUUGUUUAGUAACUUGUGCURAUGUUGGUUUAAACACCCGUUUGAAAAUGGUAAGUCUCAUACUAGARCAUUAAAGCUGGGACACAGUUUGGGAGUGUUUUCCUUUCUUAUUUUUUAAGUCGUCUUUUAAAUUAGUAUUUUAAUUCAGUGCAAGCUGUUGAUUCUUGUUCAUGGUGGCUAGCACAUGUCGCAGUUUGAGCUAGUAGCAAAAAACACUUUUGGGAUUGAUUUCAACUAAAACUUUCACGUAAUGUCCCUGUAGUAAAGKGGAAACAGAUAUAAAUAAUUAGUCCAUGACAGUSCCUAUUCAACUUUCCUCCUUGACUCUGAUGUAUCACCAUAUUUCCUGGAUGUCUCCACUGCGGUCAAUCUGGACACGUGACUAAAACAGAGGUUUUAUUUUAUUUMGUUUGUCCUUGUUUUUGCCUAUAUGCGUCUUUUGCUUGUCAUGUCAGCAAAGCAUCUCUUGAAGCACUGUACAGAUUUUAAUCCAACCUUCAGAACCCAAUAAUUAAAUGUACGGCUACAGCUGGUUUACUCUUGGAUGUUGGCCCACAUCAACAUGGCCGCCACAGCUAAUUAGUAUUAAACAAAAUAGAAUUUGGUGUUGUAGAAGCUGAGAGGCAUCCUCGGMGCAUAUUUUGAGUUCAAACACAUCUUGCAAGAGCUCACAAUAUUGCAGCAGAAGUGCAGAACGUCUUUUGCAGGGUUGGCCAAAAACUGCUAUAAUUCUGACCCUUCUCAUCAUGAGAUUACCAAAGGAUUAUCUUAAAUACAUGACCUGUUAGACUGAGGGGCGUUUUUUUUUUUUUUUUUUUUUUUUCUCUCUGUCCAUCUUCAGAUCCCAGAGCUGAGCAGGUCCUCAGUAAUAAUGCAGAGUGAAAGAGCUCAUUCAUGCCAUGCAGAGAGCAGGUGCAGGCAGCCUGCAGGUUAUCUCUGACUUUGACUCGACUCUCACCAGAUUAGCUCACAAUGGCAAGAAUGCCCAUCGCCCACAGUAAAGGAACUGUCAACCAUGUAUUAUCCCAUAGAAAUCAAUACAAGCCUGAGGGAAAAGAUGCCUCACAUGGUGGAAUGGUGGACAAAAAUCCAUGAGCUGCUGAUUCAGCAGAAUUUCAGGAAGGACCAGCUGACUGAUGCUGUAAAGGAAUCUUGUGUCAUGAAUCAGGGACAGCUACAAAAUGUUCUUUGAACGUCUGCUGGAGCACCAAGUUCCUCUGCUGAUCUUCUCCGCUGGUGUUGGGGAYGUGUUGGAGCAGGUGAUCCGACAGAACCAAGUCUUCCAUCCCAACGUCCACGUCAUCGCCAACUACAUGGACUUUGACCAGAGUGUGAGACGAUGGACACUCCAAAUGCCAUCUUCAGGUACAUAAGCUCAUCAGAGACAGGUGAUAUUGAAAUAUGAACCCAUGUUUCAAAGUAGACCUCAGAAGUGGUCUUUUAUUUUCUCUAAAGUUAAAACUAGACUACAAACACACCAAACCUUCAGCAAUCUGACUAUGAAGUGUGGACAAAUGAUUUUGUAAUUUUAAAAGCUGCUGUAAUUGUAAUGCACUUGUACAGYAUACAGAAUGAUGAAAAAUAAAAUUGAUAGUAUUUCAUUAA